AUGGGCAACUUGUUUACCAUUCCAUUUUCAAAGAUGGUGAGAAUCGCCAAGAGAAACCCGAGAAUCAUUUACAUCAAACCACCAGUUGAUGGAAAUGUUAGUGGGUUAAUCAAGUGUAUUGGUUACAACGGCAAUAUCAUUCACGAAGAAAAUUUCGAUUCAUUCCCCGGACAUCCUUUGCAAACUGCAAUCCCGAAUGGGAUAAGCUUUCACGAAGCUGUGUUAAAAGUUUUAAGAUUACAGUGGACUGGAAGUUCAUCUCAUGUUGAGCCUGCUAGAAACAAUGCAUCUUCAAAAGAUUCCAAAUCGAAGCAUUCUUCUUUAGCUCAAAUUCCAAAAUCCAGUAACGAAUCGCAUACAAAUGAUGAUUCACUUCAAUAUGAAGAUUCAGAGAUGAGUGAUAAUUCAUAUCUUUAUAAUACUGAUGUUUUCUGA